UGCAUCGAUGCUGUAUAUGAGCUCAGCUGAAGGCACUGAGUGAGGCAGUGUGUUUCCAGUUGCGCCUCUCGGACAUGGAUGGGACAGAGAGGAGUCGGCAGAGCUGCGCUGCAGCUCCGCGGGCUGAGACGGACCAGGCGCAACGACAGCCCAUGAUGGAGCUGAACGGGACGGAUCACAGGGACUCGCCGUCUGAUAGAGUCACGCUUAAAAAAGAAAUCGGGCUCCUCAGCGCAUGUGCCAUUAUUAUUGGUAACAUCAUUGGUUCGGGGAUUUUCAUCUCUCCUAAGGGGGUGUUGGAGCAUGCUGGUUCGGUGGGCCUGUCCCUUAUCGUAUGGGUGUGUGGAGGAGGAAUCUGUGCUUUGGGCUCCAUGUGUUACGCUGAGCUGGGGGUCACCAUUCCCAAGUCAGGAGGAGACUACUCCUACGUCACAGAGAUAUUCGGAGGACUGGUGGGGUUCCUGCUCCUAUGGAGUGCGGUUCUCAUCAUGUACCCCACCACGCUGGCUGUCAUAGCUCUCACCUUCUCCAACUAUGUCCUGCAGCCGGCCUUCCAGAACUGUGUACCUCCAUACUUGGCCACCAGGCUUCUCUCCACCAUCUGCAUAUUGUUCCUGACGUGGGUAAAUUGUUCCAGCGUGCGCUGGGCCACCAGGAUCCAGGAUGUGUUCACGGUGGCCAAGCUGCUGGCCCUGGGACUCAUCAUAGUGGUGGGACUGGUGCAGAUCUGCAGAGGUCACUAUGAUGCUCUGAGACCCAGCCAGGCGUUUGAAUUCACACGGGACCCGUCUGUGGGGCAGAUAGCUCUGGCUUUCCUCCAGGCCUCCUUUGCCUUCAGCGGCUGGAACUUCCUGAACUACGUCACCGAGGAGGUGGUCGAGCCACGCAAGAACCUGCCCCGGGCUAUCUACAUAUCCAUUCCCCUGGUGACGUUAGUUUACACUCUGACUAACAUCGCAUACUUCUCCUCCAUGACCCCCGAAGAGCUGUUGGCAUCCAACGCCGUGGCCGUGACAUUUGGUGAGAAGUUGCUGGGCAUAUUCUCCUGGGUGAUGCCCAUCUCUGUAGCUCUGUCGACAUUCGGAGGAAUCAACGGCUACCUCUUCACUUCUUCCAGGUUGUGUUUCUCUGGAGCCAGAGAGGGUCACCUGCCUUACCUGUUGGCCAUGAUCCACCUGAAAAACUGCACCCCUAUUCCUGCUCUGCUAGUCUGUUGCGGAGCCACCAUAGUGAUCCUGUGUAUCGGAGAGACUCACAACCUGAUCAACUAUGUUUCCUUUAUUAACUUCCUGUCUUAUGGAGUGACCAUCGCUGGCCUGCUGUACUAUCGCUGGAAGAGACCCAACCUGCUACGACCCAUCAAGGUGAGUGUGUUGGUCCCAAUCAGUUACCUGGUGUUCUGGGCGGUGCUGCUGGGGUUCAGCCUGUACUCGGAGCCCGUGGUGUGUGGCAUGGGGAUCGUCAUCAUGCUCACCGGGGUACCCGUCUACUUCGUGGGGGUCCACUGGAAGAACAAGCCCAGAUGUGUCUACAGGGUCGUGGAGUGUGUGACCUACGUGGGUCAGAAGCUGUGUUUCGUGGUGUUCCCCCAAGAAGACCUGUCAGAGAUCACCCCCCUCACAUCCUCGGAUAAACACAACGACUGAACGAGCCCCCUCCCUCACAGCCUCGGAUAAACACAACGACUGAACGAGCCCCUCCCUCACAGCCUCGGAUAAACACAACGACUGAACGAGCCCCCUCACAGCCUCGGAUAAACACAACGACUGAACGAGCCCCCUCACAUCCUCGGAUAAACACAACGACUGAACGAGCCCCUCCCUCACAGCCUCGGAUAAACACAACAACUGGACAAGCCCCCUCACAGCCUCGGAUAAACACAACGACUGAACAAGCCCCCUCCCUCACAGCCUCGGAUAAACACAACGACUGAACGAGCCCCCUCACAGCCUCGGAUAAACACAACGACUGAACGAGCCCCUCCCUCACAGCCUCGGAUAAACACAACAACUGGACAAGCCCCCUCACAGCCUCGGAUAAACACAACGACUGAACGAGCCCCUCCCUCACAGCCUCGGAUAAACACAACGACUGAACGAGCCCCCUCACAGCCUCGGAUAAACACAACAACUGGACAAGCCCCCUCACAGCCUCAGAUAAACACAACGACUGAACGAGCUCCCUCACAGUCUCGGAUAAACACAACGACUGAACACCUCUCCCCCUCACAGCCUCGGAUAAACACAACGACUGAACGAGCCCCUCCCUCACAGCCUCCGAUAAACACAACAACUGAACAUCUCUCUCCCUCACGCCUCGGAUAAACACAACAACUGAACACCUCUCCCCCUCACAGCCUCGGAUAAACACAACAACUGAACACCUCUCUCCCUCACAGCCUCGGAUAAACACAACAACUGAACACCUCUCUCUCUCCGUCCAUCUAACAGCUGCCAGAACGGCCUGAUCCGUCUGCCUACCAGGAACUUUUUAAACCUCUUUCUGUUCGUUGCCUUCUACUCCCUGGAUGCAUCCCCAACUGGCACCCUAUUCCCUAUGAUAGUGCACUACUUUUGACCAAAGCACCAUGGGCCCUGGUGUAAAGUAGUGCACUACAUAGGGAAUAGAGUACUAUUUUAGGCCACACAAGGGUCUCUCCUCAAGAGUAAAGAGAGAGUUUCCAUCCUGGUACUUCUGAGAGGCUGUCUCCAGGCUCUUCCAUCCUGGUACUUCUGAGAGGCUGUCUCCAGGCUGUGUUUAGUGGGAGGGGCAUCAGGGAUCAGUAAAGGUUGUAUUGGUCGAUACACCCUCCCAAUGCCAAGACACCAUACUCAAGGAACUUUUGUUUUAUGAGAUAUUUGUUUUUGAAAUGAGUCUAAUCUUUGUCAAUUUUAUUGUGCCUUACAAGUGGGGAUAGUUAAAAAAAAAAAAAUUAUAAUAAUUAUUUGAUGCGGCCUAUUGAUUUUUGUGGUGAUAUUAAGUUUAAACUGUGUACUAUUCCAUGAUGUACAGUAGUAGUUGCAGUGGUUUUCCUUUGGCUGCACUUCCUACUACUUCCUAUGACUUCCACUGAGCUUUUUUCCCUGUAGUAACUGACCUGUAGUAACUGACCUGUAGUAACUGACCUGUGGUAACUGACCUGUAGUAACUGACCUGUAGUAACUGACCUGUAGUAACUUCUAGAGUUUGGUGUUGAUGGGAUACGGUCUGACCUGUAGUAACUUCUAGAGUUUGGUGUUGAUGGGAUACGGUCUGACCUGUAGUAACUUCUAGAGUUUGGUGGUGAUGGGAUACGGUCUGACCUGUAGUAACUUCUAGAGUUUGGUGUUGAUGGGAUACGGUCUGACCUGUAGUAACUUCUAGAGUUUGGUGUUGAUGGGAUACGGUCUGACCUGUAGUAACUUCUAGAGUUUGGUGUUGACGGGAUACCACUUGCGUCCCAAAUGGCACCCUAUUCCCUUGAUAGUGCAUUACUUUUGUGCACUACAUAGGGAAUAGGGUGCCAUCGUUGACACCACCAUAGUCUCUCUCUAUCUCUUCCUAGAAGAAGGAUGCUUCGGUUAAGCCCCAAGGCAUUCAGCAGGGAAAGCUUCCAAACUAAACCCCAGCAGCACUUAGUCAACUUGUUUCAAUCGACUUGCUUCACAAGGCAAUAUAAUAUGUUAAGUUAAAUGCCUUUUUUUUUAUAUACCAGACGCCAAGUACAUAGAGUCAAUAGUUACUUUGACAUUGACGCACAAGUACAAUGUCCACAAUUAGUGAAACUCCUGAAAAGAUAACAGAGGAUAUUGAAAACUAUUGAAAACUCCUGAAAAGACGAGAGGAGAUUGAAAACUAUUGAAAACUCCUGAAAAGACGAGAGGAGAUUGAAAACUAUUGAAAACUCUCUGGAAGUCAUUUUAGUCUAUGCAAAACAGUGUUUGGGAUUCCAUACUAGACGUGCGCCUCAAAUGGCGCCACAUUCCCUACGUAGUGCACUACUUUUGACCAGGGUCUAUAGGGUAGUAGUGCACUACUUUUGACCAGGGUCAAUAGGGUAGUAGUGCACUACAUAGGGAAUAGGGUACCGUUAGGAACAAAGCCUAGGAAUGUUCAUGCUUUUUAUUGCCUUUUUAUAGCCUGCAACACUAGAUAGUGAGGACUGAGGUUUUGCACUUUGAAUCUCUCUGCAGGGUUUUUUUUUAAAUGCAGAGGGGUAAGUAACUAUGCCACUAAUACCAAGGGACGCUUCCUGCCCAUCUGCCUAUAAACAGCACUGCCAAUCAUUAUGAAAUGAUGAGUCCACAGAGUUAAUUCACUGUGUUCCAGACGGUACUUUCAGAAUUGGAUCCACUUCCUUAUCUAAUAUCGCUGUGUUCCAGACGGUACUUUCAGAAUUGGAUCCACUUCCUUAUCUAAUAUCGCUGUGUUCCAGACGGUACUUUCAGAAUUGGAUCCACUUCCUUAUCUAAUAUCGCUGUGUUCCAGAUGGUACUUUCAGAAUUGGAUCCACUUCCUUAUCUAAUUCGCUGUGUUCCAGACGGUACUUUCAGAAUUGGAUCCACUUCCUUAUCUAAUAUCGCUGUGUUCCAGACGGUACUUUCAGAAUUGGAUCCACUUCCUUAUCUAAUAUCGCUGUGUUCCAGACGGUACUUUCAGAAUUGGAUCCACUUCCUUAUCUAAUAUCGCUGUGUUCCAGAUGGUACUUUCAGAAUUGGAUCCACUUCCUUAUCUAAUUCGCUGUGUUCCAGACGGUACUUUCAGAAUUGGAUCCACUUCCUUAUCUAAUUCGCUGUGUUCCAGACGGUACUUUCAGAAUUGGAUCCACUUCCUUAUCUAAUAUCGCUGUGUUCCAGACGGUACUUUCAGAAUUGGAUCCACUUCCUUAUCUAAUUCGCUGUGUUCCAGACGGUACUUUCAGAAUUGGAUCCACUUCCUUAUCUAAUUCGCUGUGUUCCAGACGGUACUUUCAGAAUUGGAUCCACUUCCUUAUCUAAUUCGCUGUGUUCCAGACGGUACUUUCAAAAAUGGCUUCACUGGAAGCAUAUUCCACCCACUGUGGAAGCAUAUUCCCAUUCUCACAAACAUAACAGCAUGAAAUCCUUGUUUUGUCCUCUGUGUGAGUAACUAGCUAUACUGUUACAGAUGUUACAGACCAUGCAUGUGUCUUAAAGGCCUUACACAGAGUCACACACACAGAGCCCAAUAUCAGGCUAAAGAUAUGGCUCUGGUUAUACAAUAGCUGUCCAUUUCUGGUCUCACAGACAGUCACUGUGUGUCCCUAGUCCCUCCUCCUCCUCUACAGUCACUGUGUGUCCCUCCUCCUCCUCUACAGUCUCUGUGUGUCCCUCCUCCUCUACUUUCCUCUGCAUGCUGUGGAGUUCACCAGGACUUCUCCAUGAACGGUGUGGGUCUGCUGCUUCACACACACACUGGGUGUGUUCCAGGUGGUCUGUUUUUGCAGUCAUGAUGCACAUCUCAGAAGAUUACAAUACGUCAUAUUUACGAGCUAGCCUGAGAUGUUAAAAAAAACCUCUCCGGGCAUUGUGACUCGGGAACACACCCACACCCUCAAUGCUAAUACUGUAAACAUGUCUAUGUGUUUUUCUGCAGUUUCCUUCCUAAUACUGUAAAACAUGUCUAUGUGUUUUUCUGCAGUUUCCUUCCAGCUCUCCCACAGUGAGGCGCAUGGUUAGCUCAACACAACAGUGUAAAUAUUUGUGUAAAGUAAAAGUGUCAGGGAUUCAUGGUAAACAUCGCAUUCCUCCGACGUCUUGUGAUACAUGCUAUACACACGUACAGUAACAAUGGUGUAAUUUUUGGUGAACUUUUCUGUUUUGUAAAAUAAUAUAAAAUGUAUGAGGAUAACAAUAAUAGCUUAUUAAAUAUAAUUGUGGAAAAACAAAA